AGCUGUCAGAGCCUCUAGGAGUGCGCCGGCUUCAACUGCGCAUGCGUAGGAAGAGGUGGCGGAGGAGAGCGAGCGAGAGAGAGGGGAAGAAGGAGGCUGAUAAUUACAAACAUGAACAAGCUGAAAUCCUCACAGAAGGAUAAAGUUCGCCAGUUCAUGAUCUUCACGCAGUCCACGGAAAAGACAGCUUUGAGUUGCCUGUCGCAGAAUGACUGGAAAUUAGAUGUUGCCACAGACAAUUUUUUCCAAAACCCAGAACUGUACUUGCAAAGUCUAAAGGGGGUUUUGGAUAGAAAAAAGUUAGAACAGCUCUACAACAGAUACAGAGACCCUCACGACGACAAUAAGAUCGGGAUUGACGGGAUCCAGCAGUUCUGCGACGACCUGGGCCUAGACCCGGCGAGUAUCAGCGUGCUCCUUAUCGCCUGGAAGUUCCGGGCGGCUACACAGUGCGAGUUUUCUAAGCAGGAGUUCAUAGACGGCAUGGCUGGCCAGGGGUGUGACAGUAUAGAGAAAUUAAAAGCACAGUUGCCAAAAAUGGAACAAGAGCUGAAGGACCAAGGGAAAUUUAAAGAUUUUUACCAGUUUACAUUUAACUUUGCAAAGAAUCCAGGACAAAAAGGUCUAGAUUUAGAAAUGGCAAUUGCAUAUUGGAAUUUAGUACUGGCUGGAAGGUUCAAAUUCCUAGACCUUUGGAACACAUUUUUAUUGGAACACCAUAAACGAUCCAUACCGAAAGAUACCUGGAACCUUCUGUUAGAUUUCAGCACAAUGAUAACUGAUGACAUGUCCAAUUAUGAUGAGGAAGGAGCGUGGCCUGUCCUUAUCGACGAUUUUGUGGAGUUUGCACGGCCGCAGGUCGGGACAAAAAGCACGACGGUGUAGCGCUGCCACAUCCUUCAAGAACACUGUACAUACUUUGUACAAAUAAUAAUAAUAAUAAUAAAAAAGAAACCGCCGCAGAGAAGCUGGUGAGUGAUUGGCUGGGGACCGGAAGGCACCACCAGCGAUCCCAUCUUACCGACUGCCCGGAUCAAGAUGGGUUGUGAACACGACGCAGAGGACACGUCUCUUCAGUUACCUAGGGGCAGUCUGGACGUUUAGACUUUAGGGCAUUCUUUCCUGGUGUCUCCAGUUGUCUGGGGUCCGCUCCCUGUGGUGGAACACCCCUUUCCCAGUGUUGCGGUCAUGCCCACGUAUGAACAGCAGUGGGGGGGGGAGGGGGGGCGUGGGGCGGGGUCUGUUAAUGAAUGUCAACGUAGUUUCUUUUUAAUACUCAGAGUACGUUCUUGCUUUCCCUUUCUUGUGUUUUAACAAACCUUUCGGGUGACAGGCCAGUACAGAAUAUCGAUUUGUAAUAUCGUUUGCAACUUGUCAUUCCAGAUUGACAUGAAGAAUUGUGAGUCUGAGGCAUUCAGUUUUAUUUUGACAUAUCUAAAAGUGACUUUAUGGCUGUGUUUGUUGCUGUACCAUAAUUUGUGCUCGUCUGAACCCUAAGUUUUUGUAAACGCUUUUGUAACUAAAGGUAAUAUCGUGUUUCAGUUUAACUUGGUAUGUACAAAAAAAAAAGGAAUUUGUAUCUAUUAGGAUAUUAAGUCUACUACAGAUGACAUCAGCACACUGUUUUAAUACAGUGUCUGCUGUUAAAUGCACAAAACUGAAACAGCGCCAAUGGAACGGAGGCAGUGCAUCGAGCAGUCUAAAGCCAGCGUGUCCGCAGGAGACGGUGCAAACAUGCUGCCUCUAAGUUCUUUUUAAAUGUUUUUCAAGUUUUAUGAAAAAUGAAUAAAACUUGGUUAAGUCAA